AUGUCCCUCCCUGUGAUCAACCUCCAUGACACAGUUGGGGCCCUUCAGCUAGGCUCCUUGUUCGCCGUGUUCCUCUUUGGAGUGGUCACCCUCCAAUCGCACAUGUACUACCAGACGUUCCGGGAGGAUAAGAUACAGCUGAAGCUAUUGGUGGCGACGAUAUGGCUCCUCGAACUCGGACACACCUUCUGCGUGUCCGCCGAGAUAUACAAAGCCACCAUCGUGAAUUAUGGGCGGCCAGAGAAACUCUUUCCCUUUCCAUUCUUAGGAGCUUCGACGGCAGUUGGAGGAACGAUCGCUUUCCUAUGCCAUAGUUUCUUCUCCUCGCGAGUUUGGAAGGUUUUACCCAAACCAUGGAAUUUCGUUGGUGCAUUCUGCUUCGUCGUCGCCCUUGUCCGGUUCAUUGGGAGUAUCGCGUUGGGAGUCAACGCCGUCAAGGCCACUGUUCUGGAAGAUUACCGACGGGAUUGGGGGUGGCUGAUCAUGUCGUUGUUGGUUGUCGGGGCAGCAAUUGAUGUUCUCAUCGCGGGAUCGAUGUUGUUCUACCUGUGGAAGCAGAGGGCGAAGGUGUUCGCAAGAUCGAUACGCCUCAUCGACCGUCUCGUUCAGUAUACCAUCUGUACGGCGCUGUUGCCCAGUCUUUCGGCAAUCGUCAUGUUGAUCGUCUUCCAUGUCGAUCCCGACGCCUGUGUUGGUUUGGCUGGCCAUUUACUCGUGCCUCGCGAAGCUGUACUCGAACUGCGUCCUCGCAUCACUGAAUUCAAGGGCAAGUCUGAGAGGCACGUUCUCCAACGGAUCCUCCUUCGAGCCAACGUCAAGACCGCACCUAACUGGUCGACGGGACACCGCUGA